AAUGCUGCUUUCUGGUUAAACCCAGUUUCCUCAACACUGUCCUACAAAUUAUAAACAUUAUCUGCAGAAUCUGUGCUGUGAUCAUCUCCCAACGUGGCUGUAUUAUGGGGGCCUGAGAGCGGCCGAUGUUUUAUUUUAUGAUUAUAUUCAUGUAAGUUGAAGGUGUAGCCAAAUCUGAUUGAGUUGUUUUCUUCUUUGGUUGGGUUUGAGGAGGAGAGGGUCGGUGGGAGAAGUAGAGUGUUGGCGGAGAAUUUGUGUUGCAGCGGUGGUGGGGCAUUCCGAUGGAGAGCAUGAUGAAGGAGCGCAGAGGGGACGGGACGUCGGUGCUGGAUCUUGAUCCCAAGUCUGGGGUGGCCGGCGGCGUGGAAGACGUCUAUGGCGAAGAUCGGGCGACGGAGGAGCAGCUCAUCACUCCGUGGACCUUCUCUGUGGCCAGUGGCUAUUCUUUGUUGAGAGAUCCACACCAUAAUAAAGGGCUUGCCUUUGGCGAGAAAGAGAGAGAUGCACACUACUUACGAGGACUCUUACCUCCCGUAUGCAUCAGUCAGGAACUACAGGAAAAGAAACUUAUUCACAAUCUUCGUCAGUAUCAAGUUCCUCUGCAGCGAUACAUGGCAUUGAUGGACCUUCAGGAGAGAAAUGAGAAGCUUUUCUACAAACUUCUUAUAGAUAAUGUUGAAGAGUUGUUGCCAGUUGUUUAUACACCAACUGUUGGGGAAGCUUGUCAGAAAUACGGUGGCAUCUUUAGGCGUCCACAAGGUCUUUACAUCAGUUUGAAGGAAAGUGGUAAGAUCUUAGAGGUAUUGAAGAACUGGCCUGAGAGGAGAAUUCAGGUUAUAGUGGUCACUGAUGGCGAGCGAAUCUUGGGACUUGGAGACCUUGGCUGCCAGGGAAUGGGGAUUCCCGUUGGAAAGCUCUCUCUUUAUUCCGCUCUUGGAGGAAUUCGUCCAUCUGCAUGCUUACCCGUUACGAUUGAUGUGGGGACAAACAAUGAGCAAUUACUGAAUGAUGAGUUCUAUAUUGGAUUGAGACAGAGGCGCGCAACUGGGAAGGAAUAUUCUGAACUGCUCCAUGAAUUCAUGCGCGCUGUUAAGCAAAAUUAUGGGGAAAAGGUUCUCAUCCAGUUUGAAGACUUUGCCAAUCAUAACGCAUUUGAAUUGCUUGCCAAGUAUGGAACAACUCAUCUUGUGUUUAAUGAUGAUAUUCAGGGGACAGCUUCUGUAGUACUUGCUGGGGUUGUUGCGGCAUUUAAGUUAGUCGGUGGAACUAUAGCAGAACACACUUUCUUAUUUUUUGGUGCUGGAGAGGCUGGUACUGGAAUAGCUGAACUUAUAGCACUGGAGAUUUCAAAGCAGGCUAAGGCUCCUGUGGAAGAAACUCGGAAGAAGAUUUGGCUCGUGGACUCUAAGGGGCUGAUUGUAAAAUCGCGCAAGGAAUCACUUCAACACUUCAAGAAACCUUGGGCACAUGAGCACGAGCCUGUUGGUAGUCUCUUGGAUGCUGUCAAUACUAUCAAACCAACAGUUCUAAUAGGAUCAGCUGGUGUGGGCAAGACAUUCACAAAGGAGGUUGUUGAAGCAAUGGCUUCCUUUAAUGAGAAACCAAUCAUUCUAGCUCUAUCAAAUCCGACAUCUCAGUCCGAGUGUACUGCCGAGGAAGCUUACACUUGGAGUAAGGGCCGUGCAUUGUUUGCGAGUGGUAGUCCUUUUGAUCCCUUUGAACUUGAUGGCAAGUUAUAUGUGCCUGGCCAGGCAAAUAAUGCUUAUAUUUUCCCGGGUUUUGGGCUUGGUUUGGUGAUCUCUGGAGCCAUUCGUGUCCAUGAUGAAAUGCUUCUUGUUGCUUCGGAGGCUUUGGCUCAGCAGGUCACCCAGGAGCAUUUGGAUAAAGGUUUAAUCUAUCCUCCCUUCAAAAAUAUAAGGAAGAUAUCCGCCCACAUUGCUGCUAAUGUAGCCGCUAAAGCCUAUGAGCUUGGCUUGGCUACUCAUCUCCCACGCCCGGCUGACCUUGUGAAAUAUGCAGAGAGCUGCAUGUACAGUCCAGUGUACCGAAGCUAUCGCUGAAGUCACACAAAGCUGGAACUCAUCAUAUGCAGCUCUUUCUGUAAGUGUGAUUCCAGCUCUUUCUGUAAGAGCUUUCUUUUGUCUCUAAAUUUAAAUUGGAAUCAAUAAAGGAAACUUAGUUAUUCAUGAUGAUUGUAUAUUCAAUCAACACAAUUCUUAUGUAUUUCCACAUCUAGCAUCUAAACAUUUAAAUUUACAUGUAUAGCAAUC